AUGGCAUCUCUUCAACACCGACAGCAACAAGAAUUCGAGGAGGACGAGCUCAAUAAACUACAGUCAACUGGUGUGGCGUGUGAUCGAUUGAGACAAGCGUUGAAGAAAUGUAUAAAAGAUAGCCCAUGUGUACAACGGGAUGCUCGAUCGGCCCAGGAUUGCAUAAAUGCUCACGAUGGAACCGUCCCGGACCGAUGUUUCUCUCUUUUAUCAAAUUUCAGCGAUUGUAAACGAUCAAUGGUUGAUAUGCGAUCAAGGUUUCGAGGACGAAAAGGCGACGUU